UAAAUCGAACAAAUUGUCCAAGAAACAUUGCAAAUGAGCAACCAGCAACAUUUUCACUAUACACACCAACUACAUUGCAACUUCCACCUGAGUCCAUACGAUACCCCGGUACACUUGUACGGCGUCAUCAAUUCAGAAAGGGGCGUACCCUGCAAAGGCGGAGAAUGUAAGGGACAGCAUCAUUUGUCAAGAAUUGAUACCACAUAUUGGGGAAUCACAGAGGAUGGUUCAUUGGACCAAGACAAAGGCGUGGCAUCCGGUAUGAAGGAUGACAUGAACCUCUCUAACCGCAGGCCGACCCCGCGGGAACUUGGGCGUCUGUCCCGAUUAGUUGAGGCCUCUCGAUGUGAAAUGCUAUUUGUGUCUCUUGGGCUUCCUUUCCCAGACGUCGAGCAUACAAAAUGGGAGUCACGCAGUCUGGCUGGAAUCACACUUAUCACCAAGAUGUUUCUGAAAUGGACUAAUAUCUACCCAAAUCAGACAUUCCUUCACAUCAAGCAGGCUAUGAUGGCAGUUGACAUGGCAACUGAUCAUAUCGACGACGUCUUGGAGACUGACCAUGAAUUGCAGGAUCAAGAUAUUGUUCCUGAAGAUGUCAGGACUAGAGUCCCAUCUGACGAAGAAAUAAAGAUAAUCGUCGCCAACAUUGGCAACACGUUCUUCAACUUAUGUCUGGAGCUGGGGUUGCCACCUCCAGUUAUAGAGCAGCAUGAGCUGGGCCACCCUGUCACCUUUCAGUCAAGGAUGUGUGCUCUCCUUCGGUGUUGGAGAGAGAAGUUCCAGACGAAGGCAACUAUAGGCAGGCUGUUGACAGCGAUGAAAAUGUGUCAGAUGGACUGGCACACGACAGCACAGAUCUUGUUAACAUGUACGCAGAACACUGAUGAAACAAAUCCGCGUCAGUCCAGCUGGAUAAAAUGUUCUAUCGUUUAACACACGAAGCCUAAUGGCACGUCCUACUCACUUAACCAUCAAACAUACGACUUUCUUGCUAAAGUACAAUAUGAUAACAAUUAUCUGGUAUUUAACACCCCCACCCUCACCCCUUCCAUGAUCUCUUGUAUAUUGACCCCUCUAUGAUCUGUGGUAUAUUGAUCCCCUUCAAAUACCUUUGGUAUUUUGUCCUCUCUGAAAUUUCUGGUAUUUUGAUCCCUCUGGAAUCUCUGGUAUAUUGACCCCCUUAAGGGCGCGUGGUAUAUUGCCUCCUAAAUUAUACAAAUUUGUACGUAUCUUUUUAUCUGAUUGUCUGAUUUUCUGGAUUACAUACAAUAAUGUACAUGACAUAUAGGUUUCAGAAAAUUGUCGGAACGUAAUUCCGUGGAGCAGCGUUCGUAAUUUGAGGUCAAAUGUGUCUUUCCUUUUUUGUACGAGGUACCGUGGUAGCACGUGUUACUAUGGCGACGGUCGUGUUGACUUCCUUCUCCGAUAUUCCGGCAGAUCACUCUUCUUAACUUUUUUGCCCGUCAGAGUAAACUAUUUUUCCAAUUUUCCAAUAUUGUUUAAAGCACCGGUAAAAAAACCACGAAAGCACACAAAAUAACCCAAAGCUUACAAUUCAUGGCACAAAAGAUCCCUGUUUCUAGGCCUCAUUUUGAAUGGAAAUUCUUUAAUACCACACAUAGUAUCUAAAGGAUAAGUGUUCCAAGGUUUUGAGUAUUAUAGAGUCCUUUGUCAUACCCAUUUGGGAGCGGACUGUGUUAGGUUUUUGAUCAUCUGCAGAUCACUUAUCCUAACAAAACUGAAUAACGGUUCUAUGGUAUACAGGUUAUUGCACUGACCCAAUCCAUAACCAGGGGGUAUGUCUAGCCCCUGGCGCAUUCGAAUAGCACUUAUGAUUGAAAGCCUGAACGUGGAGCCAAAUUAACAAUACCUUUAUGACAGAAGGGAAAAAUAUUGCGUUACAGUUUGCAGCUCAAUUAAAAUCAAACCCUAAAAAACCAUGCUUUUUAACAAGACUUCAACCCAAAAUACCAAAACGUCAAACAAUCAAAAAUUUUGCCGACAUUUGGUAGCCGAAUUUUUAAUCUCUUUCGUCAACUCAACAUAAAAUUCACGAACAUAGCUGAAUUUGACAUAUCUGAUGUUCCCCCAUGGAACAAACAACACUUUAUUUUAACUUCACGUUACAUGAGAGAGGAAAAUCUAAUCUAGUGUAAUGCAAAAAAAAAAAAAAAAACACAAAUCGUGUUUACACAGAUUGGUGAUGUGAGAAAAUGACUGUAGCUUCCUGUACUGCUAAUUUUUGCAGUUAAGUUCGACUUCCUGACGUUUAUGUCGAAGCAUGUGCCAUCGGUUAGGCACUAGACCAAAUCGAUGAACACCGGAUUAAAAAGGCUAUCAUUUGUUCUGACUCUCUGUCGGUCCUUCAACGAACUUGUUGACAGGGAAACAAUAAAUGCUUAAGCCAUCCAACAAAUAAAUAUCAAACUACCAUAUUUCAUACCUGUUAUUUGCACAGUCAUGCAAUGUAAAUGGCAGAAACACUGGUCUCUCGAGACGAGCAACACACUUUAUAAAGUACAACCGAAACCGAAGUAUCCAUUCGGAAGUUGUACUCUCCAAUCUCCGUACCGGACUUACGAAUCCUUCUCAUCCGUUACAUUUAAAACGAAUUUAGAUUUAAGCACAUUUGUAAUAACUUGUUUUGAGUCUAGGAUAUGAAGACACUAUUUAGCUAUUUAAAAGACAUCGAUCUAUUCUAUGGACUUUGAUGUUCUUUAACCUAUCUUACUCCCCUUAACGUUAUAUACAACGGAUAGUCCACAUCGAUCUAUUCGUAAUCCAUUUUUAUUAUUAUCUUAACCAGCUUUUUGAUUUAACGAUCUAAAUAUACAAUGCGAAUGCUUUUGAAAAUGAAUAUUUUUUAUCCUAUUUUGUCUUUGCCUUCCACGUGAUUGUUCCUUAUACGGCAGUAAGUGAAUCGCCUGACACUAAUAACCAAGACAAACAAACUGAUCAGCACAGGUUGACUUAAAUCGCGUAUGGUAUAAAGGUUAUUGGUUUAUUGCAGGACACACCCAUGUGUUUAUAUGAUUACUAUACAUACAAAGACGCUUGGAAGUGUAGCAUUUAUUAAUAUACCUUAAUAUAAUGUUUACAAGGAUAACUUGAUGUCUAGCUGUACAUGGUAAGAAUGAUAUUUAGCUGUGCAUGUUCAGUUUUAACUAUACAUACAUGCUGCAUUACAAUGUAUAUGUAAAUGAAGAGCCACUCAUUUGUAUAUCUAAGACAAUAUCAAGUCUGUGAAAUAUCUUUUAUUACGCUUUCUUUGAAAUGUCUUAUUGCAGUCUAUAUGUAAGAAUAAUAAAGAUAUAUGCCUUUUAGCUAGAUUGUUUCCAAAUCCGAAGAGAUACUGAUCUAAAAUUGAUGAAAUUAAUUUGGUAUUAUCUCAACAUAGAGUAUACGCGUGUAUAGAUCGUACUAUAACUGUUAUUAAAGUGUUACAAUUGUGUCGUUCCUGUUGUUAUUUGUCUUUCUUAGCCUCACCCGCAUCCAUCAUUUAUAUCAUCUAACAGACCAUUAGUCACUAUGAUCAUUUCAGAGUAUCGGGCAGGUGUUUCUGCCUAGGCGAUUGAGUGCUGUGGCCGUGAGUUCGAUGCAGUUCGAGGCCCGAACAGGAAACGAGUCAUAAAAUGAUUUCCCUUUGUCACUUGUCACCCGACAGCUCAGCACAGUCGAGGUGUAGUGUUGACGGAAGUAGCCGGCACUCUGAGACGUCUCUGUCGGCACUGCACAAAGUACACAGGGAUACAGACAACGGGUUAACAGGUUGAUACAACAUGCCGAGAUCGUAUGUAGAUAAUGCCUAUAAUCGUCGGAUUGGGAGGGUAGGUAUGCCAGUCGGAAGUAUGCCUGUGUCACGGGGAUCAUCCUACAUUUCAGCUCCUAAAACUUACGUGGAUAAUGCGUACAACCGCAGUGUAGGAAGGGUGGGGAUGGAGCAUGGAACAGCAGUGAUUUCAAAAUUGUCAUCAUCAUCAUCAUCGUCAUCGUCACAAUAUUUAUUUCCUAAAACUUACGUGGAUAAUGAGUACAACCGCAGUGUAGGAAGGGUGGGGAUGGAGCUUGGAACAGCGAUGGAGUCAAAACUCUCCCGAUCGUCGUUGCAAUGUUCUUCUCCAAAAACCUAUGUUGAUAAUGAGUACAACCGCAAGCAAGGAAGGGUGGGAAUGGAACAUGGAACAGCGGUGAUAUCAAAGACUUCUUCACAGCCUACAAGUGGAAACGUUUACGUUGACAAUACCUUUAAUAGAUGUAUUGGACGGGUCGGUAGGCCACUUGGCUCUAUGGUGGUGUCGAGGGGUUCGUCAGGACACACAGCUACAAAGAAAGUACCGCCUGUUACCCUCUCUAAAGAAAGCAACAAGACCCAGCAUGUAAAAAACCUCAUAUACAAAUAUUACGAGAAACCGGAGAAAGAUAUCGACAUGGACUUCAUACAGGGUAACCAUCUAUAUACUGAUGAAGUAAGCGAACAAGCAGCCGACCUCAUCAAUCGCAUGAACCAAAUCCGAUUAAAAAAGGAAUCACAAAAGAGCAAAGGACCAAAAACAUCUGCUGAUCUCAUUAAAAUCUAUCGUGGAGAAAUAAUCAGAUUUAAAGAGCUGGAUAUGGGUAAAAAAAUUGGCCAUGGUGGAUUCGGAGAUAUAUAUUGUGCCAAAUGGAGGGGAACAGUAGUUGCUGUAAAGAAGCUUAGAGUCCAGAGAGUAUCGCAGAAACGACUACAAGAGUUCACUUCGGAAAUCAAGAUAUUCUGUACUCUCGACCACCCGAAUAUCGUGAAGUUCCUCGGAGCUUGUUGUGUCACCCCGAACAUUGCUAUCGUCAUGGAAUUCAUGGAAGGAUGUCUGUUUCAGAUGCUACACAUGGACGAGGACGUUUCGUUUACAGAAGACGACAAACUUAGCAUCAUUAUCCAGAUAUCCCGUGGUCUAGAAUAUUUACAUUGGAAAAACAUCGCUCAUUGUGACGUCAAGUCCCAGAAUGUCCUAAUGAUUUCCAAUGAGGAUGGUUACGUAGCGAAGAUUACUGACUUCGGACUCAGCAUGAUGAGAAACAACUCAGAGUCAACUUCAUCAAGACAGGAUCAGGUUCGUAAUAUCGGAACCCCUCGUUACUCCGCACCGGAAGUACUGCGCGGGGAGCUGUUAGACCAAGCCGCUAUGAUGAGGGCUGAUGUAUACUCUCUCGGCCUUGUAGUUUUUGAGGUCAUAUCCGAAGACGAACCAUUUGAUUCUUUUAACGCAAAACAAAUGGAACGUUAUGUUGGAAACGGCGAAGAAAAGCCAGUGUUCGGGACUGACGUAGAUGAAAAUCUAGAGGAAGAUGUCAAGGUUUGCUGGAGCCGGGAUCCGUUUCUCCGACCUUCUGCAGUUAUGUUCCGUGAGUCGGCACAAAAGUGGAAGACUCUCUACAUGUGAGGCGUUAUCUUAACACUGGAACCAGCAUCGUCAUUUAUUUCUUAUACUUUUCUCAAAUAUGAAUAUCGUUCUAGUUCACAAUAAUGUCAAGCAUUGUGAUCUUACAAGUAGACAAUUUUACUUCAGGUUGUUAUCAACAUUCUUGUUCUUGAAUUCUGACAACAGUGUUUAUCAAACAAUAUUUGAUUCUAUACAUUCCAUCCCCCUUCCACAAUGAAACUUGAAAUGAGAUAAUAUGCUGGAAUUAGAUGGUCCGUCUGUUCGUCCGCCGCUAGUUCUCAACCGACCUUUCUAAAAUUUUAUUUUGUUGGUUCCUAGCUGUGUGAAUAUUGAUUACAAUUGUAGGCUUAUCGGAAUACAAAGUGGCAAACAGGCUUUUUUUUUGCUAUCCUAAAAAAGUUAUUCAUAUAUUAUUUGAAUUUGAUAGUGAACAUUUUUAUCUUCUUUCCUCAAAAUGUUCUCCGUGGAUCUAUCACAUUAAAAGGCAAAUAGGAAAACUGAGGAAAUAUCAGUCUUACAAAGGAACAUUCCUUUGUUCCUUUACAGAGGUCGCCGGACCUACUAUACUAGAGCUGAAGCAGCAAUAGGACAAAGGGGUCGGAGAGGCUAGCUGCAUACAGGGUGCCACUCAAUCAGCAAUAAGACAUAGGGGCGGAGUGGCUGGCGGCAUACAGGGUGCCACUAAAACAACAAUAAGACAUAGGGGCGGAGUGGCUGGCGGCAUACAGGGUGCCACUCAAACAGCAAUAAGACAUAGGGGCGGAGUGACUGGCGGCAUACAGGGUGCCACUCAAGCAGCUAUAAGACAUAGGGGGCGGAGUCGCUGGCUGUUUACAGGCUGCUAUUCCAGGUUUAACUACAGACUUAGGAACGACCACGUUACAACAUUGUACAGACUACUUCGUAAUGUUUCACCUCGUUUUGUAAUAGAACAGACGUUUCGUCUGCUUAGUGCUUAGACAUUAUUCGUGCGGGCCAGGAAUACCAAUGAACUUUCUUGUGUCAUGUAUUCAGUGUAAAUAUAAUCAUAGUAAGUGAAGGAGUUGUAGGUGUAAUGGGUAGAGUGUGUAUAUGUAUAGUUGUAGUAAAUAAGUUGUAUAUAUUUGUAAGUGAUUGUCUCCCUUGUUCAUUCUUAGAUGCUUCGCCACCGCCCUCAUACACUACAAAGGGUAACGAACAAGUAUGGGAAGACUACUGUAAAAUUAGAAAUAAAGAGAGGAAACUAUCAAAAUAUUUCAGAACAAAUUACACGAUGUCUAACAAUAAGAUACAUCCGUAAUUGGCCAAAACUAUGGAAUCUGGCAUGAAAACUCCCGCAACAAACGGAACGACAAUGAAAAGACAAAUAUACACCUCGAACAUGUGUUUGGAAAUUGUUGCAGAACCAUACAAAGAACCGGAUACUUCUACUCUACCGUAUUAGGCAAUCAUUUCUCCAAUGCAACCAGUAUCUAUUCCUAAAAGUACAAAUCUCCUGAGAAGUAUAAUCUACAUCCGCUAUUUCUAAGGAAAAUGGUAGAAACGAUAGCAUCACAACUAUCAAAGUUAUUUACCAUCUCACUGAAAACAAACACUGUACCAGAGAACGCUCAGAUAACCGCGAUUUUUAAAAGGAUAGACAGAUGUGAACAGGAAAACUACCGACCGCAGUUUAUAGAAAAAUACUGGGAACUAUGCAAUGACGUCGCGCCACGGAACAUACAAAAAUAACGAUGAAUUGAUGAGACAACGGUCACUCGAUGGAUUGUAUAUAUACGGAUUUUCAGAAAGUUCUCGAUACAUUCCCCGUGUGUUUUAGACGUCAGGUAGACCAUAAAGCCUUGGAGUCGAGGGUAAGACUGGACGUCAGAACAAAGUCUUAAAACAACUAGGGGCCAUCAUCAAGGGGUAUAUGAUAGACCGUGAAACACGACGGGACCGAAACAGUGAGCAGUCACCAGACUUACUUGGGCCUGCUACAGAGUCAACUGUGCUUGUAAAGGAACAUAGACUUGUAUGGACUCUGUUCAACUGUACCCACUAUCGACAAAAGUUUUUAUCCCCAACAUCAUUAAACAUGGAUGGAAAAACAAUUUCAAAACAAUUAAUAGUACGACAAAAUGGGGGAUCAAAUAUUCUAUUUGUUCAAAGGGGAUAUCUGUCAAGAGUUUCAUCAUGAAAAUAUGGUUAAAUAAUUUCGUGAAGAUAAUCUGAAGUUUCAUUGUUCAUUACUUUAUACAUCAUGAUAAGUUUAUGAUUAUUUCUUCUGCAACUUUCUGCAAGUUUCCCAUCCUAAUUCUUUGUAUAAUUUAUCAUGUGGUGUACCUCUGCGUAAACCUGUAAUUAUUCCAAUUGUAUAGAUUCUAACAUAUUUUUUGAGCUAGUGUACAAUUGUCCCAUACAACAUCUGCAUAUUCAAUAAUUGGUCUUAUGUAGGAUGUGUAUAUAAUAGAUUCUAGAUAUGUAUUGGUUCCAUUUAGCAUCGUCACGAAGUGUUAAGACCCAGAUGUGUAUGUACUUUCCUUUUAGCAUUCGGUUCAUCAUAAAAAGUAAUGAUAGGAUGAUUCUUGUCAGUUUUUCUUGAGACGAUAAUAUAUUCAGUUUUGGGAAGGGUUAAAUUUGAUGUUCCAUUGAGUGGCCAAAGGCUUAAUAUUAGUCAAGUUAUCUGAAAGAUUUUGUGCCAAUUCAAUGGGAUUAUUAUCAUAUGUGCCAUAAAGAGAAGUGUCACAAUCAACUUUAUCAUUACUUUAUAUUAAAAUCAGUAAUGGGCCGAGGAUCGAGCCUUGUGGAACCCCUACUUGAACAGGGUUAAAUGUCGAUGCAAGACCUUCAGUUAGAGCUCUGUUUUCUAUUUGAUGAAAACAUUUUGUAACCACUUUAGUAGAUUACCUUAACACCAUAUGAUUCUAACUUGUAGAGUAGUCCAUUAUGCCAAACUCUAUCAAAGGCCCUGCUUAUGUCACAGAAUAUAAAUCUGAUUUCUUUAUUUUGAUCUAGGCAAUUAACAAUGAUAUGGUAAAUAGAUAAUAAUUGUUUUACAGUUGAAUCUUUAGGUGUAAAGCCAGACUUGUGUUUUGUUAUAAUUUUAUAUGUAAUCAUGUAAUUAUAAAGAUAUUUAAAAAUGAUUUUUUUCUAAAAUUUUACUUAAACAUGAAGUGACAGAUAUAGGUCUGAAAUUGGACACCUCAUUAAAUUAUCAUUUACCCCUAUAAAUAGCAUUAAUGUUAGUCAUCUUCCAGAUUUGAGUGUUUUAUUAAAUAGGAGAGUUAGAGGAACUAUGAUAGAUGGGUGUAGUUGUUUGAUUAUUCUGGGAUUCAUAUAAUCUGGUCCAGCAGGUUUAUUAGUAUUCAGAAGAUAUAAGGGAUUUUUUCAUGUACUGUUGGGUUAUAACAAUAUCAUAAUAGAGUAAGGUAAUCGUUAGUAGUUUCAGGUAUAGGCUCAAUAUUUCCAGAAGUAGUAGAUAUUGAUAUAAAGUAUUUAUUUAAACAUUCGGCUUUGUCAAAUGGAUGUUGGAUAAAAGAGUUAUUGUGUUUCAGUGGGGGAAUAGAUGUAGAUUUGUUAUUUAUAUUAAGGACAUUUCUUACAAAGAUUAGCACGGUGCUAACCAUGCUGCACAACAACAUUGGACAUCAGGGUCGUGACAGAACUAUAUCUUUAGCUAGGGAUCGGUUAUAUUGGACUGGAAUGGCUAUGGACGUUGAGGAGUGGAUAAAGGCAUGUGAUCGUUGUGUGCUAGGGGAAACACAGGCUAGGACAUGUAAGCCCCUUGUAUCGCUAAACACCUUUCAGCCAUUACAGUUUGUCUGUAUGGACUUUCUCUCACUGGAAACUUCUAAGGAUGCAGUUCAAAAUAUUUGGUACGUGUUUACAGAUCAUUUUGCGCGAUACGCUGUAGCAGUACCUACUCGCAAUAUAGCUGCCCGAACUACCGCCAAGGUUUUCUUUCAGUUAGUAGUUUACUAUAUAUUACCUCGUAGGAUACACUCAGACCAGGGUCCCAAUUCUGAAAGCCAUCUGAUGAAGGAGCUCUGCAGUACCACAGGAGUAGAGAAGUCACACACUAGUCCUUAUCAUCUAUUGGGAAACUGCCUGUGUGACAAUUUAAUCGGACACUACAUGGGAUGCUAGGAAACAGAGCACAAGAAGAAUUGGAAAGAUCGCGUUGCGAGCAUCGUGCACACCAACAACUGCACUCGUCAGGAAUCUACAGGUCUGAGUCCGUAUUUCCUACUGUUUGGACGGAAUCCUAGAUUACCGAUGGCAUUGACUUUGGAACAGAGUCUUAAAUAUGUGUAGGAGAUGAAGCAGCGACUCACAAAAGCAUAUGGGCUAGCAGCGACAUACUCUAAAAAGGCUGAGGACAGACAGAAACGAAACUAUGAUAGCAAUGUACGAGAAGCAAUAUUAAGCAUUGGAGAUCGUGUUUUAGUAAAGAUUGUGACAUUCAAAGGGAAACACAAACUGUCCAAUAACUGGGAGGAAGAGCUUUACAUUUUAAUUGACCAGUCAAAUCUUGGAAUUCCAGCGUAUGUGGUUAGGCAGGAGAAUGGUGAGGGACGUGUAAGGACAUUGCACAGGAACCACCUCUUAUCUAUUGGAUAUGUAACCAAGUUGGAAGGGAAGCCAAGACCAGCUCCCAGGAAGAGGACGCAUGUCUUGAGGAAGUUGCCUUCAAUUGAAGUUGAAGGCUCUUCUUUAUCUUCAGAAGGGGAGAAAGUACUAAUUGGAAGGACAGUUGUUCGACAAACAUCAACUCCGGACCACCCAAUAGCCGAGUCGAUAGUUGAUCCAGAGGAUGAGCCUCAAGAUGAUGUGGAGCCAGAAUCGGAGCAAGAAGGAGAUAGAAAAGUGCCACAGGACUAGAAUGACGCAUGUCUAGAAUUUUAUUAUAUGUUGGACAUCUCUUGUCGAGGACAUUUUUCGACGCAGGGGAAAAUGUAACAGGGUCUUAUUUAAAAAAAAUUUUUUUUUAUCAUUUUAUAUAUUAAUGUUAUAUUUGUGUUAAAAUAUCUCUUUGAAUGUACACAGAUUGUAUUCUGUAUGCGUUUGUUCGUUUAUUGGUGUUACAUGUUACAGGGUGUGGUGUUUUGUGUAUUCUGUGUUAUGUCUUGCUGUAUUUUGUUUACAGUUUACACCCUGUGAUAUAAGUCCAAAGUCUAUGUCCUUUUCUUGUGUUUUAUUGGUCAGUAUUUUUAUUUCGUUUGUUGGUCAGUUUUGGCGGGAAUGCCAUUGUUAGGUCAGUUAGACUCCUGCCGGUCAAGCUGACCACACGCAUAUUUUACUGUUUAAGUUUUUCAGACAGGACAAAAUUUGCUAUACCUGUGCGGAUUUGGCAGCAUUAUUGUACAGGAUGGCUCUGUGCCACACAUAGAGUGAUUCGUUCUCUACAGCAUCUAAGAUGUUGAACUGCUGUGAAUCCUUAUCAAUGUCGGAAUGAAUUUGGAAUAAAGAACUCAUUAUUUUA